UUCGAAACCGAACGGAAAGGUAACAUCUUUGACAAGUUUUGUAGCUAAAAAACAGCACAAAAGCAAAAGGCGCCAAAGAUCAGAGAGAGAGAAGGGAAGGAAAAAGGUGUGACUGGGUGAUGACAACUCUUUGACCAACCAACCCUCCUCUGCGCCUGACUGUUUGUGUUUGACCCCAACAAAUCCCAAACCAGAUGGAUCGGAAGGAAGAAGAGCAAGAGGACACAGCGGGCCGGCCAAACUUUAUUGCUUGUCCUUCUGCCACACGCACCUCCUCCCUCCCCUCCCUCCUCUUCCGCGUCGCCGCCGCCAAAUUCCAACAGCAAUCCCGCCGCAAUUUGCUCCUGCGCGCGAAAUCGGCUCAAGCAUCCUCAAUUUUUCAGCUCAGGGGUCGCUGAGUUCCGUUCAGAUACCCGCUUCUAAUCCACAAGUCUCUUCUCAAGGUUGCAAGAAGCGCGAGCUGCAGAAAUCUUCCAGUGCUUCCUCCGUCGUCUCGGCCUCUGAAUCCCCUAGCGGAGCUAGCUGAGAGGGCGGGGCUUCUUCAAAUUUCAAGUCUUUGGCCGCUCGGAGCUGCUCCGGGCUCCUCAAGAUCGAGGCAGUCGAAGAGUCGGCAGCAUUCCUCUUAGGGUUUCCCCGCUGUCUGAUGGUCGGUAAUGGCGCUUAAGGCCUCGGCUCAGGGCGCCGCGGAGGCGGCCAUAGCGGCCAUCGGCCGCGGCUACGACGUUGUCUCGGACGUCCGCCUCAAGUACUGCAAGGGCAGGCUCGCGGAUCCCGACGCGCGCCUCAUUGACCUCAGCCGCGAUGAGGUUAAGGACGUCGUGCUCCCCGGCGGGAUCAAGGUCGCCACCGUCCCCAAGUCCAUCAAGUGCGACAAGGGCGAGCGGACGCGCUUCCGCUCCGAUGUCCUCUCCUUCCAGCAGAUGUCUGAGCAGUUCAACCGGGAGCUUUCGUUGACUGGAAAAAUUCCAUCCGGCAUGUUCAAUAGCAUGUUUGAUUUUUCUGGCUGCUGGCAGAAAGAUGCAGCUGGCACCAAGUCGCUUGCUUUCGAUGGCUGGUACAUUUCGCUGUAUUCAGUUGCGCUGUCCAAGUCUCGUAUUCUACUGCGUGAUCAUGUUACUCAAGCAGUGCCUUCAACCUGGGAUCCUGCUGCUCUGGCAAGGUUCAUUGAAAAGUUUGGAACUCACAUAGUUGUUGGUAUUAAAAUGGGAGGGAAAGAUGUUAUUUAUCUGAAACAACAGCAUUCAUCAAGCUUGCAACCAGCUGUUGUUCAGAAACGACUUAAGGACAUGUCAGACAGGAGGUUUCUGGAUGCAAACGAGCAUGAUAUGAACAUCAAGGCUGCAUAUGGCAAGGAUAAGAAUGAUGCAAGAGAGCAACGGCUAAGAUUUGUGGAAUCAAGCCCAUCAAGUUCUUACUGCUCGAAGGAGGACUUGGUGAUGGUGGUUAAGCGGAGAGGUGGAAGGGAAUGGGACAAAGAGAUGCCUCACAUUGAAUGGAUAAACACUGUUCAGUUAGAACCUGAUGUCAUCUCAAUGUCCUUUCUACCUAUUACUUCAUUGUUGAAUGGAGUACCUGGCUGUGGGUUUCUGAAUCACGCAAUUAAUCUGUACCUACGCUAUAAGCCUCCUAUUGAAGAACUUCACCAAUUUUUGGAGUUCCAGCUACCAAGGCAGUGGGCGCCUGUGUACAGUGACCUCCCUCUUGGCCCUCAGAGGAAGAGACAGAGUAGUGCAUCUUUGCCCUUGAGUUUCAUGGGACCGAGGCUCUAUGUCUGCACUAGUAUGGUUGAUGUGGGUGAAAGACCUGUUACUGGAUUGCGGUUGUAUCUUGAGGGAAAGAAAAACAACAUGUUGGCUAUCCAUCUUCAGCAUCUAUGCUCGCUUCCUCAAAUUCUGCAGCUUCAGGAUGACCCAUACAAUCACCGAACUCCUGAAUCAUAUGACAGCAAGUACUUCGAACCAUUUGGAUCCUGGAAGCGUUUCUCUCAUGUCUACACGGAACCAGUGGAAUCUGACGAUGACUCCUCAAUCGUGACUGGGGCACAGUUACACGUGAGCAGCCAUGGAUUGAGGAAAAUCCUCUUCCUCCGCCUCCGUUUCUCCAAAGUCAUCAAUGCUGCACUUGUCAAGAAUCCUGAAUGGGAAGGAUCACGAAAUUUGGGUCAGAAGUCUGGGCUCAUCUCGACGCUCAUUAGCACGCAUUUCUCCACGGCGGCUCAGAAGCCUGCCCCUCGCCCAGCUGAUGUGAACAUCAAUUCGGCUGUGUACCCUGGCGGUCCACCUGUGCCUGUGCAGGCCCCAAAGCUGCUCAAGUUUGUGGACACAGCAGAGAUGUUGCGGGGACCGCAGGACACGCCGGGAUACUGGGUGGUCUCUGGUGCGAAACUGCAGCUCGAGAGGGGCAAGCUAUCACUGCGGGUGAAGUAUUCGCUCUUGACAGCCAUGGUACCUGAUGAUGAGUAUCCACUCGAUGAACAUAGUUGAAACUCAGUACCUGGAGACGCUAAUGUGCAAUUAAUCAUAUGGUGAUGGUGCAUGCAAGUAAAGGUUUUGAAUGUAUGUUUUAGGAAGGCUCUCCAACAUGUACAUCACUUCUCUUUUCAUUCUGCCUAUUUCUCUCACCAGAGCGUGUGCUGUCUGUAGUUCAAUAUCGGGCGUUCAAUUUGUUUUGCAGAGGGUGAAGUGUAUAACAUUCUUUGUAUAUACGUGCUGUUUGUACUUGCAGCAAGGGAGAGAGAGCACUUGCUAUUCUGCUCCUAUCUUUUCUGAACA